GGCUAGGUUGCGUAGUAUGAGAAACGUUACGGUACACUACGAGCAGAAAGAAACCAUCCCAUCACAUAACCUCCCAUUACCUGAAGUAGUUUCGUGGUUUCUGUCGUUCCUAAUUAAAGCAUUGAAGCACGUCAAUCAUGCUGUCCCAAGUGAAAAGAAGGUUGCUCCAUCCAGUAUUCUUGGAGAACGCAUUCCUUUCUCCUUCAGUCGCUCGGUUCUCAUCCAAGAAGGGCCCAAAGGAGCCAUUUGUGUCUGCUCAAGUAUCAAAAUCAGAUCGCAAAAACGGCGAAGAGGAUGUUCUCGAGGAAUUUUUUAAUAGGAACCUGCUCCCAAAGAAACCUAGAAAUAAAACUUCUGAUGAGUAUUCGGAAGUUUUCGAUGCAGUCCUUGAUGCCACAUUCGGCAAAAAAACGAGGAAGCAGGUGUCAUCAAAAGCUAAGCCAGGGCAAUUAAAUAUACAAAUGGCAAAAGCAGCACACAGUGUUGCAGACUUGGCUGGUUCAAAGAAAACAGAAGUUCUGGGGGACAUUAUGGACAAAUUAAACUCUGUCUUUCCGGGAAUGGAUAACCAUACGAAAGGAAAGAGACAACCCUCUGGGAAGUUUAAGAAUCAAGGUCCUCAGCGAUUCGCAACCUCUUUCAGUGAUGAAGAUAAUGUGGAGGACAUUGUUGGAAUGGCAGUUGCACAGAAAGGGCCUAGGCAGAGACCAAAAUCAGAAGAAGGCUUCAGUAAAAGGGACAGGAAAAAUGCUGUUGGAGAGGACACUGCAGUUGCCGCUGAUGAAUGUGAUGCUGUCAAUAUGGCUUUUUCGGGUGGAGGAUUUAACAUGCUGUCAAGUGAUGUCAAGGUGCAGCCACGAUUUAUUGGGCAACGCUUUACAACCGUAGACCAAUUGUUAAAAUCUCAGAAACCUCUUGGAAUUUUCACCUCAAAUCUUUCCGAAAGUUCAUCUUUGACCCUGUGGAAAAAGUUUGAAGAAGCUCGGCUUCAGGGUUGCACAAGAUUUGAUCCUUUGAAUUGGUUUGACCAGUGUAUUGUGUGGACUGAAGAAGGAAAGCUCUGGCAUUUUCCCAUUGAUAAUGAACAAGGUAUGGAUAAAGAGGCUGAAGUUGACUUCUCAGAACAUAUAUUCCUAGAUCAUCACGCUGAGCCAUGGUGCCCCAAGGAGGGGCCAAUCAAAUAUUUUAUGGAGUUGGUUUUAGUUGGCCUAAGUAAAAACCCAUAUUUGACAGUUCAGGAGAAGAUAGAGACAAUUGACUGGUACCGGGAAUAUUUCAUGAAAAAUAAGCCACUUCUGGAAGAGAUCAAUGUUUUUGGAUCUUCUGAAAACCCCAUUGAUGUAGAAGGAAAGAUAUCGUGAGCUUCUAUUAUCAAGUUAACAAAAAAUUAUGUUGCAUUAUAUCAAUGUUUAAUCAUAUUCCUCCUGCCUUAAGUUAUUUGUUUAAAAUAAAAAUUGUAUGAUUUUGAGUUUGCUCAUGGGUAAUCUGCUAUUUGCCACUUGUGAUGUGAAUUUUCAAAAUAAAUUUUUCUAAGUCCGAGUUUA